AGUAUCUAUCUGUUAUUUCUACGUUGGUGCGCGCUGCAACCGCAGAGCUUGCUUCUUGUUCCCUCCCAAAAUCUUCGGAGCUCAACUAUUCACGCCAAAUCCCCAGAAAAUUACUCUCUUCCGUUCCCCUCUCAGAUUCAAUCCUUCAGUUCGCUUACAUUUCCCGGGCAAGAAUCGAUCAAGAUCAGUCGCGUUGGAUUUAGGUUGAAUUUGAGGUUCCGAAAAUUGGAAAAAAAAAAAAAUGGAUAUUGCCGAAAUAUUCGGGGAGUCUAGGACGACGAGUCUUCCGACCAAGAGCGCGAUCUACGUGUGGGGCUACAACAAAUCGGGCCAAACGGGUCGGAAGGGCAAGGAGAGGAGCUUGCGGAUUCCCAGGCAGCUGCCGUCCGACCUAUUCGGGUGCCCGGCGGCUGGCGGGAAUUCGCGGUGGUUGGAUAUCGCUUGUGGCCGCGAACACACAGCCGCCGUCGCCUCCGACGGGUCUCUCUUUACCUGGGGGACUAAUGAAUUUGGCCAGUUGGGUGAUGGAACGGAAGAGGGUAGGAAACACCCAACCAAAGUGAAGCAAUUGCAGUCUGAAUUUGUUUUGUCUGUUUCCUGUGGAGCACACUGCACCGCUGCUAUUGCAGAGCCUCGUGAGAAUGAUGGGUCCAUGUCAACUAGGAGACUCUGGGUCUGGGGACAAAACCAGGGGUCCAAUCAUCCACGUCUAUUUUGGGGUGCCUUUUCUCCUGAUGUGAUUAUUCGCCAAGUUUCAUGUGGGGCUGUUCAUGUUGUGGCUCUAUCAGAAGAUGGUGUACUACAAGCAUGGGGCUAUAAUGAAUAUGGUCAGCUUGGCAGAGGUGUUACAAGUGAAGGCCUUCAAGGCCCUCGUGUGAUUAGUGGGUAUGCUAAAUUUCUCGAUGAUGCCCCUGAGGUUGUGAAGAUUACUCAAGUGUCAUGUGGGGAGUACCACUCAGCAGCUAUAUCAGAAGAAGGCGAGGUCUACACUUGGGGACUAGGAAGUAUGGGCCAGCUUGGGCAUUGUUCCCUCCAGUCUAGUGAUAAGGAACUUCUACCUAGGCGUGUGGUUUCCCUUGAUAGCGUAUUCGUCAAGGACAUUGCAUGCGGUGGUAUGCACACAUGUGCUCUGACCACUAAAGGAGCUCUUUAUACCUGGGGUGGAGGUCAAGUUGGGCAAUUGGGCCUUGGGCCCGUAUCGGGAUCUUUCUCUUGCAAACUCAAUGAAUCAGAUGUGAUGCUUAGAAAUAUACCUAUUCUGGUUAUCCCAGCUGGUGUGCAACUUGUCACCUGUGGACAUUCUCACACUUUAAUUUCUACCAAGGAUGGAAGAAUUCAUGGAUGGGGUUACAAUAGCUAUGGUCAAGCGGCUAAUGAGAAAUCCACAUAUGCUUGGUAUCCUUCGCCAGUUGAUUGGUGUGUUGGAGAAGUCAGGAAGCUGGCAGCUGGUGGCGGCCAUUCUGCAGUAUUGACGGAUGCAUGUUCCUUGAAGGAGUUAUGCGAGUUUCGACUUGCUGAAAGUGUCACUCCUGCUAAUGCUUCUGAAAUUGAGGAUGUUGCUUCAAGAACAGGGUCUGAUGCAUUAGCUCGGCUCUGUGAAAGAUUAAGGGAGCAAAUGCUUGAUGGGGAUGAUCUGAGCUACAAUGGCGAUGAGUUUGAUUGAUCUAUGAAACCAGACAUAGUAGAAGUGUAAUAUAUCAUUCAUGAAGUGUAUUACUAUCAAUUGUAUCUACCUGACUUGGGGAUAUUCUUGCUGUAAUCCUACUAAACUGUAUUAUUUUAGAAAAGUGAAAAUUUGUGGAUUUAAGCUCAA